ACCGUUAUAGGUGCAGAAACCAAGGAGAUAAUAAUCCGAUCCUUGGACACCCACCGCCUCACUCUCUCUCUCUCUCUCUUCAAAUCUGCCACCUCACCGACUUCAUCAAAUCGCCGAUCAUCCUCUGCACCGCCGCCGCUUCCCCGUCCCGGUAAUGUGAGCUAGCUAGCUGAGUUUCUGUCACAGUUUUUUUUGCUGAAAUGGAUCGGUCAGGAAUGCCACCGGGCCCCGGUAUGGAUAUGCCGAUCAUGCACGAUAGUGAUCGCUAUGACUUCGUCAGAGAUAUCGGCUCCGGUAACUUCGGCGUCGCCCGAUUGAUGAGGGAUAAGCAGACCAAUGAGCUCGUUGCGGUUAAGUAUAUUGAGCGAGGCGAUAAGAUAGAUGAGAAUGUUCAGAGAGAAAUUAUCAAUCACAGAUCUUUGAGGCACCCAAACAUUGUCAGAUUUCGAGAGGUGAUUCUAACACCCAUCCAUCUUGCUAUUGUGAUGGAGUAUGCAUCUGGCGGAGAAUUAUUUGAGCGCAUAUCUAAUAAAGGACGAUUCAGUGAGGAUGAGGCUCGUUUCUUCUUUCAACAACUUAUAUCUGGAGUGAGCUACUGUCAUUCAAUGCAAAUAUGUCAUCGAGACUUGAAGCUGGAAAACACACUCUUGGAUGGGAGCCCGGCUCCUAGGCUGAAGAUAUGUGAUUUUGGGUAUUCCAAGUCUGCUUUGCUGCAUUCACAACCAAAAUCUACAGUGGGUACUCCUGCAUAUAUUGCUCCUGAGGUGCUACACAGAAAAGAAUAUGAUGGCAAGAUUGCAGAUGUGUGGUCCUGUGGAGUGACAUUGUAUGUUAUGCUGGUUGGUACCUAUCCGUUUGAAGAUCCUGAAAACCCUAAGGACUACCGUAAGACAAUUCAGAGAGUCAUAAAUGUUCAGUAUUCUAUUCCAGAGCAUGUCAAUAUAUCUGCGGAAUGUCUGCAUCUGAUUUCGAGGAUCUUUGUGGGUGAUCCUGCUCAACGCAUCACCAUACCUGAGAUCAAGAACCAUGUGUGGUUUCUCAAGAACCUCCCAGCAGAUCUGAUGGACGAUACGGCUAUGGGUGACCAAUUUGAAGAGCCGGAGCAGCCUAUGCAGAGCCUUGAAACCAUCAUGCAGAUAAUCUCGGAGGCUACCAUACCUCCAGCUGGUUUGUACAACCUGGACAUGAUGAACGAUGACUUGGAAGACCUGGACUCCGAUCCCGAUCUUGAUCUUGACAGCAGUGGGGAGGUCAUUUAUGCAAUGUGACUACGUAAAACAUUGUGUGGAAAGGUGUCGACACAGACAGAAGUAGUAUUGAGGGGCAAUAGUGUCAGUAUAGCGUUCCUGUUUUAUGGUGAGGGGACGAUAUAGUGUUGAGAAUAUACAGAGCGAGCUUAUAGCUGUCCUUGCUUUCUUAUGGCAUCGCUCUCUUGUCUACUACUUUAUGGCAUGUUUUAUUCCACUCUAUUUCGUAUGCACUUGUGUUUCUUAUGCACUGAGCUGUACAACUGUUUGUGGAGCUUGUAAUAAUUUUCACUCGGUGUGUAUCGUUUAA